AUGAAGAACGCCAACAGCUCUUUGGCGUUCUUGCCAACAACGUUCGUUCUAGUCGGCAUCCCCGGGCUGGAGGCAGAGCACACCUGGACACCCAUCCUCUUCUGCUUGUUGUACUUCAUCAUCUUCCUUGGGAAUGGCACCAUUCUCCACGUCAUCAGGACAGACACGGCUCUACACCAGCCCAUGUACUUUUUUCUUGCCAUGUUGGCCCUGGCUGAGGUUGGUGUCUCUGCAUCCACUCUGCCUACCGUGCUGGGCGUCUUCCUUCUGGGCGCCACAGAGAUUGGUUUUGAUGCAUGCCUUCUCCAGAUGUUCUCCAUCCAUUCCUUCUCCAUCACGGAGUCGGCUGUGCUGCUCGCCAUGUCUGUGGACCGGUUCGUGGCCAUCUGCAAUCCACUGCGCUACACGGCCAUCCUGACUGCGCCCCGCAUUUGUGGCGCAGGCGCUAUUAUUGGGCUGAGGAGCAUUAUACUCAUGGCCCCAUUGCCCAUGCUCUUAAGGCGCCUGCCCUUCUGUGGCCAUAAUACCCUCUCCCAUUCCUAUUGUCUCCACCCCAACCUUAUCCAUCUACCUUGCGGGGACAUUUCUGGCAACAAUAUCUACGGACUUUUCAUUGUCAGCUCCACUUUUGGGCUAGAUUCGCUGCUCAUUGUGGUCUCUUAUGGGCUCAUACUCCACACUGUACUGAGUAUUACCACGGGCGUGGGGCGGAGGAAAGCCCUCAGCACAUGUGGCUCACACGUCUGUGCCGUGCUGGCGUACUAUGUGCCUAUGAUUGGCUUGUCUAUGGUGCACCGCUUUGGGCACCGUGCGCCCCCUUGGGUGCCCACCACGAUGGCCAGUGCUUACCUCUUCUUCCCAUCUAUUGUCAACCCCAUUGUUUACAGCAUUAAGACCAAGGACAUCUGUCGUGGCAUUGCCCGAAUGUUAUCAGAGAAGAGAGCCAGAGUUUAG